AUUUUGUACGGCAAUUUGAAUUUCAACUUUCUUUGCUUUAUUAUCAUGGCCAAAAUCAUCAAAACUAAUAUGCUUGACUCUAUGAUAACAGAAGCUACUAAUUUGGUGGAACGUACCUUCACAAGUCAUAAUGACAAUAAAGAAAGAGCAGAACGUAUUGAGCGUGAAUUCCAGAAAUACAUGAGUGGCAAUCGUGAUGUCGGAUUAAACCGUUUUCGAUGUGUUAACAAGAAGUACACAACCGACUACGAACAAAGUAUAAUUGAAUUUGAACCAGAGAAUGAUUAUUUAUUCAUUGCCUUUGUAAUCGAUGACCGGAUUGUAUUCUUGGGUGAUAUUCCUCUUGACCAAGUCAUUUUCUGAACAAGGAUUUAUUUUAUAUGAUUUUAUUUGUUAUGAAAAACCAAUAAAUGGACUUUCAUGUUGAUUGCAUUGA